AAGAGUAUGCUGAUUAUCAGAUACAUGCAAGCAGCCCUUGUUCAUGACUUCAUGGAGUGUGAUAAGGUUCCUCAAGUAGCAGUGGCGGUUUUCAUACUGAAAGGCGAGAAGGUGUUGGUCGGAAAACGCCUCGCCGGUGCUGGCACUUCUUGUUUCUCCGUCCCCAGUGGUCAUCUUGAAUUUGGAGAAGUUUUUGAAGAGUGUGCUGCAAGAGAGGUAAUGGAAGAAGCAGGGUUAGAGCUGAAGAACAUACAGACUCUGAAGGUCAUAAACCAUGUGUUUCACAACGAAGCUAAACCAUCACAUUAUGUUGUGCUAUUGAUCCGAGCAGAACUGAGCGAUCCUGAUCAGAUUCCAGAAAACGUUGAACCAGACAGGUGUGAGGGUUGGGAUUGGUAUGAAUGGAAUGAUAUGCCAAAGCCUCUUACUCCUCCACUUCAACUCAUUCUCAAUUCUGGCUUCAAUCCCUUCUCCGCCGACGUCCACAAUGAAUGUUUUCAAUAAUCCCUUCUUAUUAGU